AUGCUUCCUUCAAAACUUGAGCCAUAUUUCUCUGAAAUAAUCACUAUAGAUAUGUUUAUAACUAUAUUAAUAGCAACUGCAAUUAUCUCACAACAAACAAAAAAAUUAGAUAAUGGUUCAUUUAUUAUUCAACCUGCAAAUAAUAAAAAGUAUAAUAUAUAUGAAAUACCAGAUUUUAAUAUUUUGCCCGAAAAGAAACAACAAAUCAGUAUAGAGUACAGAGGUCAUAAAUUCAAUGUUGUGUAUAAACUGCAAGAAAAUGACAACAAUAAUCAAAAUUAUCCUCAACCUCAAUCAUACUAUAAAGAAUCCAAUCCAGUACCUUCUAUUUUUUUAUCAAUUAUUAACGAUGACUCAAGUUCAAAUAACAGACUUGAUGUUAAUGUGAUUACUGAAUUCAUUAGCGAACAUUUACCAGACUUGAAUAGUUUGGAAACUGUCAUUUUAGAUAAACUACAAGAAAUAUUAUUGAAAAGAGAAUUAGACUCUUUUGUUAAUGACAAAGAGUUUUACAAGGGAAUUGGUUUGCCUUAUCGACAUGGUUUUCUUUUUUAUGAUAAACCCGGAACUGGAAAAACUAUAUUAAUAAAUGCUAUAUCAUCUUAUUUGUCACGAGAUCUCUAUUAUCUUAAUCUCAAAAAAAUUAAAAAUGAUAAUGAUAUGAGCACUGUCUUUA